AUGGGAAAGAGCCCUCCCAUCCUGUUUCUGUCCUCAACGGUUUCUGUGCUGGGUGGAUUGGUAUUUGGGUAUGAAUUGGGUAUCAUCUCGGGGGCUCUGCUUCAACUGCAAAAGGAAUUCCACCUCGACUGCUUCCAACAGGAAGUUGUUGUGAGUGCUCUUCUCUUUGGAGCUCUUUCAGCCUCUCUGAUUGGUGGAGUCCUUAUUGACAGUUAUGGCCGGAGGAAUUCCAUACUGUUCAGUAACCUGCUGGUGCUGGGAGGCAGUUUAACGCUUGUAUUUUCCGGCUCUCUUGUUUCCUUGGUGGUUGGGCGGAUCACUGUUGGCUUCGCCAUGUCCAUUUCCUCCAUGUCCUGCUGUCUUUUCGUCUCGGAGAUGGUAAACUCCCAGCGCAGAGGGAUGUUGGUGUCUCUGUAUGAAGCUGGGAUCACGGUUGGCAUUCUCACGGCUUAUUUCCUGAAUUACUUUUUUGCUGCCACCAAAGGCGGGUGGAAAUACAUGUUUGGAUUGGCCAUCGCGCCUUCUUUAAUUCAGUUAAUCUGUAUUGUCUUCCUUCCCCCCAGUUCUGUGACUCCCAAAAGUGUUAAAGCGGAGGAGUCCGCCCACAGCGUACUCAUGAAAUUAACGGGAGUAGAAGAGUCGGAGGACCUUGUAACACUUGUGGAUACUGGGCAACAAUACAGCUUCUUGGAUCUCUUUCAGACUAAAGAUAACAUGAGGACCAGGACACUAAUUGGGUUGGGUCUUGUACUUUUUCAGCAGUUUACUGGCCAACCCAAUGUGCUCUUCUAUGCUUCAACUAUCUUUCAUUCAGUGGGUUUUCAAAGCACCGCUUCAGCAGUUUUGGCCUCCGUUGGGCUCGGAAUUGUCAAGGUUGUGGCCACGUUGGUUGCCAUGAGCUGUGCAGACAAAGUUGGCCGGAGAGCCCUCCUGAUAGGAGGAUGCAUUGUGAUGUCGGUGUCGGUGACUGCUAUUGGUCUUUUAAGCCAACAUGCUUUACUUCAUGUCAAGAAGACCUGCAAUACUGCUGAUCAUUUUAAAAGCAAUCUUUCUUCAAAGACUUCUCUCCGUGACCCCACAAGUUUAAAUAGUUAUUUUUAUCCCACUGUGAAUCUGAGCAUUAACAGCUUUAAAUGGAUGAGCAGCGGUGAGAAUAUCAGUGCUUUGAGUUUGGGGUCUGCAGAUGGCUCAGAGCCUCAAGUUGUGCCUCCGUCUGCCCUGCUGGAAGCUCAGGUGAAGCCUGUAACUCUGAAGCAUGGCAUUGCUGGAGAUCAUGGGGUAUUAAACUGGAUCACCUUGUUAAGCAUGAUGGCAUUUGUAAGUGCUUAUUCUAUUGGCUAUGGACCAAUGACCUGGUUAGUACUGAGUGAGAUAUUCCCUGCUGGACUAAGAGGGAGAGCAUUUGCAUUCAUCAACUGUUUUAACUGGGCAGCCAAUUUGAUUGUCACAGUAACUUUCCUGGAUGUAAUUGAUGCACUGAGUCUGUCUUGGACAUUCCUGUUGUAUGGAGCGAUCGCAGUAGCUGCUGUUGUGUUCAUUUACCUCUUGCUUCCUGAAACCAAAGGAAAGUCACUUGAAGAAAUAGACAAAGAGCUUUCUGGAAAAAGGUGA